AUGUUUAAUAAUAAAUCCAAAAAGCCUUCGUUAUUGUAUGUUGAAUGUAAGUCAAGAGAUAUUUCAAGAAGAAAUUCAAGGAUUAGUGAUUUGCUUAAUGAUACUAUGAAUAAGGAAAAUUCAAAUUAUUAAUCCACCUUUAUUCCAAAUACUUAAAAAAAGAUUGAUAGAACUGUUGGAAGUUUAAAUAAGAUGUAUAAAUAAGCAAUUUAGGAUUAAUAAAUAUUGUAAGAGCAAGCAUCAAUGUUGAUGGAAGACUUGAAUGGGAAAUUAUUGUAAAGAGCCGAAUUAAUAGGUUAAGUGGAAGAAUUAGAGGAAUUAAUAGAAUUCCAUAAAAUAUAAAGCAAUUUUGAGUUUACUUUUGCAACUAAAAUAGAAUAGUUGGACCUACAAAUUUAAUAGUUAAAAAAAUCAUCAUCAUUUAAAUUAUCAGGUAAUACAGCAGAUUUGAUAAGGGAUAGAGAAUAAUAACAUAAAGUAUUAAAAGAGAAAAUCAAUUAAGAAACAAUACUUGCUAUGACAACUUAUAUGUAAUAAUGGGGUAAAGUAUUAUUUUCUAAAUAUAAGGUCAUUAAUUUGAGAAUAUUAAGAAUUAAUAUGGAAAUGAUGUGUAUGAAUAGGUUCUUAAAGAAUAAGAGUAAUAGAUUAAUCAAUUAAUCUCACAAUAAUAUAAUAAAAAAAUUUAAGGUAUAAUUUAGAUAAUAAGAAAUCAUGAGAAAUUAGAAAAAGCUAUUCAAUUAAAUAUUGAAUAUGUUGAUAAUUCAUUAAAUGAAGAUAUUUAUACAAUAAAAUAAACAAUGAAUUAAAAGAAAUAGUAAGUUUAAAAUAUUAGAAAUAAUCUUUUAGAAGAAGAUUAAUCUAAAUUUCAAUUAUUAAAAAGAGUUGAAGUUCUUGAAUAAGAAAAUUAAUAAUUAGAAUAAUAAUUGAAUGAAAUUACUAUGAAAAAAGAUCUAUAUUAAUAAGAAAUCUUAAAUAAAUAGAAAACUGAAGAAAUAUAUAAUGAAAUAUUAACAGGUUUUGAUUGUUUAUCAUAAAUAGAUAAUGAUAAUGAAGAUCAGAAAAGUGAUAAUAGUAAUUCUUAACUUAAAAGUUGUACUAAUAUUUUAAGCAAUAUAAAUAAAUAAACAAAAAAAGUAUUAAGUAGUCACUUAAAUAAGGAUGAUUCCUUACACUUUAGUUAAUUACAAUAGUAUUUACAAAUAAACAGUAUAGAUGGAGAGAAUAAUUCUAAGUGUUCAUCAGCUUGUUAAUUAUCUGCUGAUGAUUCCUUAUUAUAACAUUUUAAUGAAUUAAAUUUAACAUUACUUUAAUCUGAAAAGUCUAAAAAUAAUUAAUGUAAUUUACCAUUGUAGUAAUAAUACUAUUAAUAUUAAUAAUAAUAAUAAUAAUAAUAAUAAUAAUAAUAAUAAUAAUAAUAAUAAUAAUAAUAAUAGUAAUAAUAAUAAUAAUAUAAUUAUUUUAAUUAAAAGAAUUUACCCAACGAAAAUUAAACUUAAUCAAUAGAUUUUAUUAGAUUAUAAACCAUUACUGAAGAAUAAUUAAGUUCAAAAAGAGAGAAAUCCAAAAUGGAAUAAUCUACUAAAAUCAAUACAACUCCAAUUCAUUAAAAUUACUUAAAUCUAAAUAAAGUUAAAAUUGUUGAUAAUUCAUCUUAAAAUAUCACAGCUCCACUAUCUGAAUAAACAAAGCGUUUUACUAAUAGAUUAGGUUAAUCUUAAUUAUAAAUGUCUAAUUUAAAUGAAGUUACAUAAAAAUAAAUUUCUAUACCAUCUCCAUAUAUGCCAUUAUUUUUCAAUAAUUAACCAUCAAAUCCAUAGACUUAAAAGAGUUAACAACCUUAAGUUUUUAGAUUUAAGGAAUAAAAUUCAUUAUCUGAAUAAAUACAAAAACAUAAAAAAUCUAAAUCUUUUGAUUCAACUUUAAAUAAAGAUAUAUAAUAAAGGCAAUUAUUUUGUAAUGUAUCAACUAAUAAUGGAUAAACCUAUUAUAAUUCAAAGGAUUCCUAAUAUCUCUCAAAUAAAUAAAAUCAUUUAGUUCCAAUAGAAUAAGAAAUACUCAGAAUUACUAAACCAUUAUAAAAAGGUGUGUUGAUUUUUAAAAGAUUUACAUCCACUAAACCAAAUUUAACUAAGAUGGAAUUUGAUCCAUUUACUUGUUAAAAUCCAAAUAUUUGUGGAUAUUGUCCUAGAAUGAUGACAUUAUCUUAAAACUUGGAUAAGAUUGAAUUUAAAAAUUAAAUGAGAAUUAAUGUAUUAUUUAUUAUAUUAUUUAGCAAGUUGAUUCAUUGUUGUAAUUAGAUUAAAUAAUGAGAGUAAUAAUUCCAAAAACAAUUUAAUAGAGUAUUUUAAUAAAGAAAUAAAUAUAAAACAAAUUUAUUUUAAGUCAAGAAGAAAGGAUUGUUUGUGGAAUUUUAUAUUGGCCUAUGUCAAUCAUUACUUAAAAUGAUGGUAGGAUUGAAUUAUUGUUUGAUAAUGAGGAGAUAUUAGAAUAAUGGUAAACUAGUCUUAUUUUUCUCAAAGAUAACAUUAAAACACUUUAAAUCAUCAAUAAAAAAUUAAAAAAAUAAAUGUGA